AUGACCACACCACGCGUCCGGUUCAAUUGGGAGGACGCGGUGGCGCAAGACCGCGAUUUGCAGCGCAUCGACGCGUUCGUGAAGCUCACUAUCUCCAAGUUUCCGGGACAACCAGCGCCGCGGGCGAACAUUGGUCGUGGCUCGCGCUAUCAGCCAGCACCACCUGCCGUUAAGGCAGAGCCGCCCCCAACAAUGGUCACCACAACACCAGCCUCCAAUGGCUUCACCAAUGGCACCACCAACGGCAGUAGCAGCUCAGGCGGCUCGACACCACAGUUUAUUAACCUUCGUGACUACCAGAGCGAGUCGUCUAGCGAGGUGGACACACGCGAGGUCAACCCUAUGGACGAACUGAGCGACUUUGAAGGGGACGGCCCACAGCAGCAGCAACAGAGUCCCCAGCAGAUGGAGCCACAGCAACCAGAACCGCAGAUCGAGCACGAAGAGCAGGACGUGGAUCAUUCCAGGGACGUGGAGAUGGAGGAAGAGGAUGAAGAAGAAGAAGAAGAAGAGGAAGAAACCGCGUGUGAAGUCUGCAAGAAUUCCGACCGAGAGAAUGAGAUCAUCCUGUGUGACGACUGCAAUGCAGAGUAUCACAUCUUCUGUCUGCAGCCGCCGCUGUCUAAAGUACCAAAUGAAGAUGAAAUGUGGUACUGCCCCAAAUGCAGAGUCAAGUAUCCAACUACGUCAACAGCAAGUGUCAAGGAGGAACAAAUGCGAGCUGCUGCUGAGAGUGAGGGGAAUGCGACAACGGACGGUAUUGAAGCAGCAACGCCGAAGCCGCCUCAGUCCAUUCCAGUUCCUGAUAACACUCCAACGGAGAAUGACCCCACGUCGAUACCGAUCGCACAGGUGCUGGAAGGAGACCCGGAGAAGAGCAACCUGCUGCUGGUCCACGCUUGCAACUGCGACGAUGUCAAGUGCACAGACCCAGAGUUCCACGUCUUCUGCCCACACAUGAAGCGAUUCCUGCGCAGUGUGUGCUGGGCGUCCCACAGUGAAAAGUGGCGUACCUACCGACUAGCGCGGAUCACGGCCGAGUUGUUCGCGUACCAUGCGAUGAAGUGUACGCUGCCGCAAUGCAAUGUGCCGCUCUGCGUCAAGAUCCGCGAAGAAGAAAUUGUCUAAGGCCCCAGUAUAAAGUCAAGCAUCCAGUAAGUAUCCAGAAGAAAGUGUUUUUUUUAAUGAAUCUGGUUAUUGCUUUUGCU